GCCGCGGGCAUUUCCGCGUGCGGCGGAGUUUGCGAACGGAUACAGCGGCGGCCCCUGGACCCGAUCCCGCCGGAGGCGCCCGCCUGGACCACGCCCCCGGCCCCGCCCCUGCCUCGGACCCCCGAUCGGGGCUGGAGCCUCCCUUCCGCCUCGGAGCCCUUCCAGCGGCUGGACCCGCCCUAGCUGGGCUCCCUCUCGGCCAGAUUCCCGGGGGCACUCACCUGCCCCCCUCCGGAUUGGGGCUGGGACCCGCCGUCGGGGUCGGGACCCCCGCCGGAGUCAGGAUUCUCCCCAUUGGGGACCCCACCCCACAGGGGCCGCCAUCCCCUUGGCGCCUACGUCCCCCCCUCUCGGGGUGGGACCAGCUGUUGUACUGAGACACCCCCGUCCCCGCACACGCUCUUAUUGUGGACUGGAGACCAUCCCCUGAGCCCCCACGCAGGGGCCAGCCCUAGUCUGCCGAGCCCUUUUCCCCCCCCCAGCCUAGUAUCCCCUGGAUUCUUCUGGUUCCCAAACUGGGAGCCCCCGUCCUUGACUCCCUCCAGCCAGGGAGCCCCUACCCCCGUACCUCCUUGAUUCCCAGCCUGGGACCUAGCCUGACUUCUGGCAGAAAUGGACGACCUGCUGCCACUUGUCCUCCUCCAUCAGGACUGGAGCCUCCAGGACCCCACCCCCAGCAGCACCCCUUACGUGGAGAUCAUCGAACAGCCGAAGCAGCGUGGCAUGCGCUUCCGCUACAAGUGUGAGGGGCGCUCGGCUGGCAGCAUCCCUGGGGAGCGCAGCACCGAUACCACCAAGACCCACCCCACCAUCAAGAUCAAUAAUUACACAGGCCCCGGGAAGGUUCGUAUCUCUCUGGUGACCAAGGACGCCCCCCACCGACCCCACCCCCACGAGCUGGUGGGCAAAGACUGCAAGGACGGCUACUAUGAGGCUGAGCUAUCACCUGAGCGCAACAUCCACAGCUUCCAGAACCUGGGCAUCCAAUGUGUGAAGAAACGGGAGCUGGAUGAGGCUGUGGCACAGCGCAUCCGCACCAACAACAACCCCUUCAAUGUGCCUUUGGACAACCAGAAGGGGGACUAUGACCUGAACGCUGUGCGGCUCUGCUUCCAGGUGUGGGUGCAGGACCCUGUGGGCACUGGGCAUCUCGUCCCGCUGCCUCUCGUAGUGUCACAGCCGAUCUACGACAACCGAGCCCCCAACACGGCUGAGCUGAAGAUCUGCCGGGUCAAUCGCAAUUCAGGGAGCUGCCUGGGGGGGGACGAGAUCUUCCUGCUCUGUGACAAGGUGCAGAAGGAGGACAUUGAGGUCCGGUUCUUCAAGGACUCGUGGGAGGCCAAGGGCUCCUUCUCGCAGGCAGACGUGCACCGGCAGGUUGCCAUUGUGUUCAAAACCCCCCCAUACCAGGACCAGGCACUCCGGGAGCCGGUGACGGUGCAGAUGCAGCUCCGGCGCCCAUCUGACAAGGAGGUCAGCGAGGCCAUGGAGUUCCGCUACCUGCCAGAUGAAGGUGACUUCCACCGCAUCGAGGAGAAGCGCAAGCGAACGAGGGACACCUUCAAGAACUUUGUGCAGAAAGCGCCUUUCUCGGCAGUGGUAGUUCCAGAGUCCCGCUCCCCACGUCGGAUCGCUGUCCCUGUCCGCACAGCCGUGCCCAAACCCAGUGGUCUCACCGGAAUGCCGGGCACCAUGGGGCAGCUGCCACCCCUCCAGAAGCCACAGGCCACAGCCCAGCACCCUUCCUUACCCUUCACUGGGCCCAGCCGAGCUCCUCCUCCUCCUGCUCCCCAGUUGGGCUUGAGUACAGUCAACCUGGAGGAGUUCUCCAACCUGGGCAUCUCAAGCCGGGCCCAGCCCCCACCCCCUGCUCCCGAGGCCGAGCCCAACUUUGACCCCUUCUUCCACCUGCCGUUUGAGGGUGGAGGUGACCCAACCGCCAUGGAGCUGGGGGCCUUGCUGGAGGACACCACCUACACCAGCCUGGAGUCCAUCAACACUACUGAAUUCCGGCAGCUGCUGAGCCAGGGGUCAUCCACCGAGGGUGCUGACGGGCACAGCAUGCUCCUGACCUAUCCCGAGUCCAUCACUCGCCUGAUGAGCAGCCAGCGUGGUGUGGUGACAGGGGAGGAGCCACAGGGCAACGGUGGGGGCGGGGGGGGCAGCAGUGCCAACUGCUUCAUCAACGGGGUCCUGAGCAACCUCCCGGAAGAGAGCCUUACCUCCAUGGGGGAUCUGGACUUCAGUGCCCUGCUCAGCCAGUUCAGCUCCUCCUAGUGGAGACAUUGAGAAAGACGGACUGACGGUGACACCGCCCACCCGGCUCUGCGCAAGGGACUCAGGGGUGGGUAACUGCUCAUCCGCCGAGCGCCCCCCAGGGGGAUCGGACUCUGCCCUGGACUCAGUCAGCCCAGGUCCCCCAUCUGGCCUGCCUGGGCCUUGUAUUACUGGCUUCAUUUGGCUAUAGAUCUCACUGUCCGCCCACUCUAUGCCUCCCCAGAGCCCUGCUCUGUAUUCCCCCAUUCCAUCCCCUGCACCACAGGGUGUUUCCCACCUGUCAGGCCGAGGGGGCAGUGCCAGGGGUUAGUUCUUCCCCCAUUGUAGAGAGGUAGGGGGAGGAGCAAAGAAGAGCCCCACCCUCUUUUCACAGGGGGAAAGAGCAGACAAUGGACUGAUUUAUUGUCAGGACGGGUAGGGGACAGGCUUGACCCAUUAUUCACAGGAGGGAGGAAGAGGGGAGUGAAGCUGCCCUGAGCUUCUGGGUUCCUUCUGCUCUGUCCUCCCUUACCUGAAAACUGUUGGCUAGAGUGCGGGAGCUCUGCCCUAGCUUCUGCAGCAGCUCUGAUUAGCUGCCUAUCCCCAUUCCCAGCCUCCUGGGGAGGGGCAGCCAAUCAGAAAGGGUUUCCUCAAGGCCAGGCUGGGGUUCUGGCAUCCAGACCAGACUGGCUCUGUGUUGUGGAUGUAUUUCUGGGGGGGGG